AUCUGUGCUUUCUCUCUUCACAUAGGGUCGCCUUUAAGGAGUCCAAUUGGAGACGCCGAUGUCGACAACGCGCUGCUCGGCUCGAAAUUUUGUCAUUCCGAUGAAGUGCAGAACAUGCUUCCCGACGUGUCCGCUCUGAUCCGUCUGAACACGAUUGAGUCUCAGAGCCGGGAACAGGCCCCCACAGAAAAAAGCAACUCCGACGGUGACAUCCGCGCCGAAGCGAAGAAGCGACGACAAGCAGACAUGCAUCGCACUCACAAAUGCUCUUCAAAGUAGCGGAUGGCUACAUCAAUCUGCAUUGGAGUCUCCAAUUGGUGAUCCGUUCAGCAUCGGACGAGACAGCGGACAAUCUCGUUUCUGCUGCUCGCCAGAUCAUCACCCCGUUUGCCCAGACAUCGGACUAUCCAUGGUGGCUGAAUUUGUUCGGUCUUGGGCCGUUCCUGGUCCGGCAUCCAUCCCUGAUUGCCUCCGACCCAAAGUCCGACUUACAGCCUGCUUCGAAGUAUCACUACACCCGAUACUUGUGCCACACUCUAUGCGAGAACUUGGAGCAGCGAUUAGAUCUCCCGGAAUCUGUCGACGCCCUCCAGCUGAUUUAUCGGCAUUUGCUCCAGUCUGACGAGCCACCAAGAGACCUGGUAACCCAUCUUUUGGUCCUCCGCACUCUGCAGAAUGAAACCGCCGACAUCCGCACACAUCGUUUGGUUGCCAUCGUCCAGUUUG